AUUAUAAACAAAAAAAAAAAAAAAGAAAUCAAUAUGGGCAACUGUCAGGCAAUUGAUAAUGCAAGUUUAAUAAUCCAACACCCAACUGGAAAAGUGGAGAAGUUGUAUUCAGCAAUAUCUGCAGCUGAGGUUAUGAAGCUUAACCCUGGUCAUUAUGUGGCUCUACUCCUCACCACCACCUUGUAUUCUUCCACCACUAAGCGGAAUGACUCCGGUGAUGUCUCCGCUAACCCGCAGCCCCUACGGGUUACUCGAAUCAAACUUCUUCGACACACGGAGAGUCUCAUGGUUGGCCAUGUUUAUCGACUCGUCACCACCCAAGAGGUGAUGAAAGGAUUAAUGGCAAAGAAGAAUGGGAAAAUUGGAAAUAAUAAUAUUAGGCAACCCAAGCCUUCAGAACAACCCGCCAGAAAACAUGAACCGGCAUCCGUAAGAUCUAAUCAGUCCGAACGAACACAUCAUCAGAUGAAGAGAUCGGAGAGAGAUAAUCGAAAGACCGCGGUGCCAAUGAACUCGUCGACCGGGACAACCAAGCCAAGAGGAUGGCACCCAUCAUUAAAUAGUAUCUCAGAGGCAUCAAACUAGUGUAACAAUAAUCAUUAAUCAACAAACGCUGUAAAUAUUGGCCCUCAUAUGAUGAUUUUGGUUUUGAUUUUGAUU